CGUCCUUGACGAAUUAUAGCGCUUGGUGUGAGAUAUUAGUGGAUAAAGCUAUUUUAACUAUUCUGAGUGAUAUCAUAUACCACUUAUAAACUACAAACUACUGGAUCUACACCAUACUUAUGAUACUGAUUUCUGUGUUCUGGAUAUUAACAGUUAUAUUACUCGAUGUCAGAUGUGAAGUAUUCGAACUGGAUAGCAGAUUCAUUGAGUUUAUUGACAAGGGUCCUUGGCUUGUCCAGUUUUAUGCUCCUUGGUGUGGAUUCUGUCGCCGUUUGGCCGGUACAUACGAAGAAGCCAGCAGGAUACUACUUCACACGGAACCUUCAAUCAAAGUUGCUAGACUUGACGCCACAAUAUACACCGGAAUAGCCAAGAUGUUCGAUGUGCGAGGUUUCCCAACAAUUAAGUAUAUUAAUGGCACAGUAUCAUAUACAUUUAUCGGUGAUCGAACUGUUCAUGGUCUUGUUACAUUUGCGCAAAGAGCUAAUGGACCAGCAGUAAAGAAUUUUGAAGGAAGUCAUGAAUUUGAAGAACGUUUAAAAAAAUUAUCUUCAGAUGAACCAUUUUUCUUCCUAAUUAAACCAGCUAAUUCUAUUUUAGAGAAAACAUUUCUACAAGUAGCUGAGCAAUUACGUAUAUUCUCAUGGUUUUUCAGCGGUUCGUUAUCAGUUAUCACUUCUCCUUACAUUGAAACUUUGAAAUCAUCCAAUGAUAUAUUUACAGAGAUUUUAGUUUUUAAAGAUUCUCAAGUUUAUUCUUAUCCUGGUCUAUUUUCAAAUAAAAAUUUCCAACUAACAAAUAAUACGGCGGAAUUAUAUCAGGAUUUAAUAUUAUGGACGUUACGUGAACGACAGCCGGGAUUUCCGAAAUUAUCUCAUUCUGAUUGGUGGGAAUUUGCAUCGAAUGAAUUAUUGGACAUUCAAAAUCAUAAUCAUAAUACUACUAGUACUAAUACUACAGACGAUAAUAGUAGAAGUAGUAGUAACGAUGAUUUAGUAGUUCAACAAUCAUUACAUUCAAAUACAAGUCCAGUACAAUCAUAUCGAAAUUAUCGUUUACUUGGAUUAUUUGUUAUUGAUCAAUUAAUAGAAAAGAGUUCUCCAUCUAGGGUAUUGGAAUUCGGGAGGAACUUAGCUCUUAAACGUCUACCGCAUAUAAUACGCUAUUUUCAAUUAGCAUGGACUAAUGAUAUAGAAAGUUUAGAGAAUUUAGCUAUGAGAACAAUAACUGUACCAAAUUUCAUUGUUUUAAAUCCUGUUACACAUGAAUUAUUUGUAUAUUUAUCAAAUCACUAUUCAUCAUCUUCUUUAUUAUUUGAUGAAAAUAAUUUAAUUAAUUUUUUAAUGCUUAUUAAUGACGGAAAGAUUAAAGUAAGGAAAUCUUUGGGUUUGUUUAUUUAUUUGUUUGUUGAAUGAUUUUAAAAUAAUUAUAUUCAGAAGGGAUUUUGUGGAGAUUUUAGAAAUUUCAAUAGUUGAAAUUAUGAGUCGAUUGAAGCUAGAUCAUCAUGGAAAACCUGGAAGCAUUGGACGGCCGUUUCGUCCUAGUAUGGGACUACUUAGUAACAGUGCGCAUGACAAUAAUCAUCUGUUUACUAGUGACUGACUUCAAGAGGCAUUUCCCGGAGUUCUAGUGAGAAGCCGUUACCAGUGGAGUUCAACCAGGUCUGUUGUGAGAUAUCAGCUCACUGAAGACAAUGGUGUACGGUGGUGCAAUUUCGUGGAUUGGUUGAAGUUAGACAUUAACACCGUUGGAUGCCGGUCGGCUCUGUGGUCUAAUUGUUAAGCGUUGGAGUGCGAGACUGAUAGGUCCUGGGUUUGGACCUCGUGG